CGACCUCAUGCCGAUUGUGCACGUGCUGUUUAUAUUGGUCAAUAAACAAAUUAUUCAUCGUAGAUUAGUCGUGAUUAGAAAAUUAUAAACAAUUGAUUGGGUGAGAACGUGUGGUUUUUGUUCAUAUGUUAUUCAACCAAAUAGUGGUUAAUAUUGUAUUCCAUACUGUGUUAUAUCGAGAGCUUCCGCUGAUUCUGGAACCAAAUGUGUGCAAAUGUGUACAAGUAGUACAAUCCAUACAGAAACACGAUGGCGUCAUAUUAUCAGAACCAGAGAAUUAAUGCGAAUCACAUGUCGGACACUGAAGGAAGGAUGAAUCCCGUAAAUUCUAACGAUUUAAAGAACCUAAUCUCAAUCUUCUCAAAGAGAACUUACAAGCCCCGAGAUGAAGAUCCUGAGGCUGAAGCUAUUAUGCAAAAAUGCGUGGAUUUAGUCCAGGUGGAUUAUAACCUCCUUCUAAUAAACAACACCUCUGGCGAGUUAAGUGGUCAUUAUCCCAGCAAAAUCCUGGUCAUGGAAUACGAGAAGAACAAAAAUGCACAGAUGCCUUCCACAUCAUCUCAGCGGCAAACUAAUACCAUAUAUGAAAAUAUCCUAGAUGCUCCAAAGUUGAGGGAAUUAAUUGCUAAAGCACGAACUGCUCGUUGCAGGGCACGUUUUCCUGUACCUGUAAUUUUGUACAAAGGCAAAUAUAUUUGCCGCUCAGCUACUCUCUCUGGAGGAUAUGAAAUUUAUGGAAGGUGUGGCUAUGAGUACUUAUUCAGCAGUGUUGGUUAUAUCAAUGAUGGUUCCGAUACAGAGGCUGUAAACCCAAAUGAUUGGCAGUUGUUCAGUAUUGUUAGGAAUUCUGAUAAAAAACUGUUACGUGCAUUGAAUGUUGGGACAAUAAUAGACUUUAUGGUUGAGAAGAAAAAAGUCAAGUUUGGUAUGAAUAUAUCAUCGUCGGAAAAAGUUGAUAAAGAAAACCGGUACAAUGACUUCAUGUUGAUGUCCCUUCCAUACCCUGGUUGUGAGUUCUUCAAAGACUAUCGAGAACAUAACUAUCAGGGAAAUACUAUUGUGUUCAAUUGGAAACAAUCAUAUGUUGAUGCUUCUAUCUUUAUACCUGAUGAUGGUCUAGCCUCCCAAUUAAAUAUUGAUUGGUCGAAAUACACAGAAUGGGAUUUAGAUUUAAUGACCACAAAUUAUUUGAGACUGCUACUUAAGUAUCUGCAAGAUGGUAAUUCUGGACUCUUGGUCCAUUGUAUUAGUGGUUGGGAUAGGACGCCACUAUUUAUAUCUCUCAUAAGACUGAGUUUGUGGGCUGAUGGUCUGAUCCAUCAAAACCUCGAUGCUUCUCAAAUAUUGUAUUUCACCAUCGCUUAUGACUGGAUGCUUUUUGGUCAUCACCUGGGGGAUAGACUUAACAAAGGCGAAGAGAUUUUCUUCUUUUGCUUCAAUUUUUUGAAGAGAUUGGCUGAGGAUGAAUUCAGUCUACAAUCACCGACCAAAGUUAGGCCAAAGGUUGAACGAUCUGUGGAGAAGACGGCCACACGCACUGAUUCGGAAACCAGUCUGGAACCUAUAAUGCUUGAACAGGACUCGCGAGGCUCAAAUAUUAGUUUAAAUUCGAUCUGCUCUUCUGUUAGCACUAAAUCACAAGAGUUUCCGAUGAUGUUCGGGCAAACACCAGAAGAAGCCAGCAUGUUGAGCGGAAAUGGCAAUAGUAAUGGUAACUUAAGCGACCAAUGUACUUCAAAUGCAAAAUCUCGCACAUCACCAGUGACUGUACCGACGAGACAACGCAACGACUCGACCUCAUCCCUUUCCGUGGGUAGCUGGCAAGUUAUUACAGGAACUGGGUCCAUUAGGGAAUCUAAUGGAUUCUCUGGUUUAAACGCAAAUGAGAGAGAUUCCAAUAAUCUAGAUGAGGAAUUUGGAUUCCGGAAGAAAAGACUUUUAAAUGUAAGGGAACUGUUCUUGGCUGCGUACCAUGCGCAAAUUGGUUUUAACUACCACCUGAACGACACAACAUUCUCGUCACUGAUCGGCGGCUUUGCAGAGAAAGUUGGCUUCACAGUCCGUUCAUAAAUAUCAUGUGUCUUCCUUUUAUUUAUUUGUUUUCUAGUUUUAAGAGAAUGGUGCCAACGACUUUUGUGCACGCAUAUAUUUUUUUAUAACGAUAUAUUGUACAUAUUUUUUAGCGAGAGCUUGCAGGCUCACUUCGCGAUUUACAAAUAUGCCGUUUGUUUAAUAUGUUCUAUUUGAUUUUGUGAUGUUCUUUUUUUAUAAUUUUUAAUCAGCACGGCUUCCGGGGCUUUCCUGCAUGUCACGAUUAUUGUUAGAAUGAAAAAAAAGAUCUCUUGUUGAUAGAAUCGAGACGUGUAAGAAACCCACAACGUUCUUCAAAUGUGAUUCAAACAGUUCCUAUACCUGGUAUGGAUAGUUAGAAAACGGAUCCGUGCUGCAUUGUUGAUAAUUUAGAUAAAUAUUGCGCUCGUGCCCCUUAAAGCAAGAGUUUUAUUGGAUGACGAGAUCUAAUAAUGAAAAUGAUCACUCUCGAAUCUGAGCUUUAACCAUGUUUUGUGUCCCUAUUAGAAUUGAACUGAAUGGGAAAAA